CAGUUCGAAAGAUAAGAUUGUCUGAACAAUCUGAUUGACAAUUUAAUCUGCUACUGAUUUGCGUAAUUGAUCAUUGGCAAUGAGGAUUCAUCUGGGGAAUCUUUCGCAACAUUUCGCAUAGUAUUUCUUUGCAUUUCCAAUAGUUCGCAAUGUUUGCGCUUAGAUUUUUAAUACCUUUGCUUAUUUUACUUACCAUCAAUGUCACAUAUGCAAGCUUAAACGAAGUCACUGAUGAUUCAUUUAAAAUCGAUUGCGAACGGCCAUCAGUCACAACUGCCAGUGGUUUACUAGUCAAUAAAAAAUGGUUUUGCUCUGGAGAACUAAUUUUUGAAGACAAUUUUGAUAUAUUGGAUUUAAAUAAAUGGCAACAUGAACACACCCUUGGUGGAGGUGGGAACGGAGAAUUUCAAUACUAUCUUAACCAUCGAGACAACUCGUUUGUCGAGGAUGGCAUAUUUUACAUUAAGCCAACUUUAAUGGGCAUAGAACCUGGAGGAGAAGAAUUUUUGAAUAGCGGAACUUUGGAUAUCCACGGUGGUGAUCCCGAUAAUUUUUGUACCAACCCAGCCUGGGACGGAUGCGUUAGGGUUGGAUCACCAGAAAACAUUCUAAAUCCGGUUAAGAGUGCUCGUGUUCGUACCGUUCACUCGUUUAGUUUCAAAUACGGUAAGCUUGAGAUCAGUGCCAAACUUCCCACCGGUGAUUGGAUGUGGCCUGCGCUAUGGUUAAUGCCACGGCUCAAUCAGUAUGGCACAUGGCCCGCGUCUGGUGAGAUCGAUCUGAUGGAAGCCCGUUGUAAUGUUGAUUACUAUGACAACGAUCAGACACAUAUUGGUGUAGAACAAGUUUUAUCAACAUUACAUUUUGGUCCGAAUGCCUGGACUAAUGCUUACAACACAUCUACAUUAUCAAAAAAUUCGCCUCCAGGACAAGGAUUCAACAAAGAUUUUCAUCGUUAUCAGCUAGAAUGGACACCGGAUAACAUGAUCUUUAGUGUUGACGACGAAUCUCUUCUGCAAGUUGGUGCUAAUUUUUGGGAGAGAGGGAAUUUUGAAGAGCGAGCCCCAGGAACACGGAAUCCUUGGGUUUCUGGUACCAAGAUGGCACCGUUCGAUCAAGAGUUUUUUAUAAUCAUGAAUUUAGCUAUAGGAGGAACGAAUGGAUAUUUUCCGGAUGAAAACGUUACAAAUUCUAGGCCCAAACCAUGGUCAAACCAAUCUCCAGUUCGAGUUGCAAUGACAAGUUACUGGAACAAAAGAAACGAUUGGAUGCCCUCUUGGGCUCUAGAUAAAAAUGACGGCAAAGAUGCAUCCUUUCAGAUCGACUACGUUAGAGUUUGGGCUUUAUAACAGCAAUUCGUCAUCUGAAUUUAACAUUUAUAAUAUUGUUUAAAUAGGUAAUUCAAGACUAUUUAUUUUUUUUUCCUUUUCCUAUCUGGAUUACCUUGGACACGAUUUACGGUUAAUGGAACGUACGGCAUGUUGCUUACUUGAUACGA